AAGGCGCGGAGCCGGGCGCGCCGAACAAUAGACGCGGGCGGCCGGCGCGGGAGCGGCAGCGGGCGGCCAGCGCCCCGGAGCGCCCAUGGGGCGGCGCGUCCCGGCCUGAGGGGGCCGCGCCCCGCCCGCCGCCCCCGACCCCGCGGCCACCGCAGUCAUGAACCCCCCGGAGGGGGCCGCGGACGAGGGAGGAGCCGCCGACUCGGACGUGGACGCCUUUUUCCGCACAGGAUCUUUUCGGAAUGAUGGUUUGAAAGCUUCUGAUGUCCUUCCCAUCUUAAAGGAAAAAGUGGCCUUCGUGUCUGGGGGCCGUGAUAAGCGAGGUGGACCCAUCCUGACCUUCCCUGCCCGAAGCAAUCAUGACAGAAUACGACAGGAAGACCUACGGAAACUUGUGACCUAUUUGGCCAGCGUGCCAAGUGAGGACGUGUGCAAACGUGGCUUCACUGUCAUCAUCGACAUGCGGGGCUCCAAGUGGGACCUCAUUAAGCCCCUCCUUAAGACGCUGCAGGAAGCCUUUCCAGCUGAGAUCCAUGUGGCCCUCAUCAUCAAACCUGACAACUUCUGGCAGAAGCAGAAGACCAAUUUUGGCAGCUCUAAAUUCAUCUUUGAGACGAGCAUGGUGUCUGUGGAGGGCCUCACCAAGCUGGUGGACCCCUCCCAGCUGACAGAGGAGUUUGAUGGCUCGCUGGACUACAACCACGAGGAGUGGAUUGAGCUGCGCCUCUCGCUGGAGGAGUUCUUCAAUAGCGCUGUGCACCUGCUCUCGCGCCUUGAGGACCUCCAGGAGAUGCUGGCCCGGAAGGAAUUCCCUGUAGAUGUGGAGGGCUCUCGGCGGCUCAUUGAUGAGCACACGCAGCUCAAGAAGAAGGUGCUGAAGGCCCCUGUGGAGGAGCUGGACCGGGAGGGGCAGCGGCUGCUGCAGUGCAUUCGCUGCAGCGACGGCUUCUCAGGGCGCAACUGCAUCCCAGGCAGCGCAGACUUCCAGAGCCUGGUGCCCAAGAUCACGAGCCUGCUGGACAAGCUGCACUCCACCCGGCAGCACCUGCACCAGAUGUGGCACGUGCGCAAGCUCAAGCUAGACCAGUGCUUCCAGCUGCGGCUCUUCGAACAGGAUGCAGAGAAGAUGUUCGACUGGAUAAGCCACAACAAGGAGUUAUUUCUCCAGAGCCAUACAGAGAUUGGAGUCAGCUACCAGCAUGCCCUAGACCUCCAGACGCAACACAAUCACUUUGCCAUGAACUCUAUGAAUGCCUAUGUCAACAUCAAUCGCAUCCUGUCUGUGGCUUCCCGCCUCUCUGAAGCUGGCCAUUAUGCCUCACAGCAAAUCAAGCAGAUUUCCACGCAGCUGGACCAGGAGUGGAAGAGCUUUGCAGCUGCUCUUGACGAGCGCAGCACCAUUCUGGCCAUGUCUGCAGUGUUCCACCAGAAGGCUGAGCAGUUCUUGUCAGGGGUAGAUGCCUGGUGCAAGAUGUGCAGUGAAGGAGGCCUGCCUUCUGAGAUGCAAGACCUCGAGCUGGCCAUCCACCAUCACCAGUCCUUGUAUGAGCAGGUGACCCAGGCUUACACAGAGGUGAGCCAGGAUGGCAAAGCCUUGCUGGAUGUGCUGCAGCGUCCCCUGAGUCCCGGGAACUCAGAGUCCCUCACAGCCACAGCAAACUACUCCAAGGCAGUUCAUCAGGUGCUAGACGUGGUGCAUGAGGUACUGCACCACCAGCGGCGUCUCGAGAGCAUCUGGCAGCAUCGAAAGGUGCGGCUGCACCAGCGGCUGCAGCUCUGUGUCUUCCAGCAAGAUGUCCAGCAGGUGUUGGACUGGAUUGAAAACCAUGGUGAGGCCUUUCUCAGCAAACACACAGGGGUUGGCAAGUCCCUACAUCGAGCUCGGGCCCUGCAGAAGAGACAUGAUGACUUUGAAGAGGUGGCUCAGAACACAUACACCAAUGCAGACAAGCUCCUAGAGGCGGCGGAGCAGCUGGCGCAGACCGGGGAGUGCGACCCCGAGGAGAUCUACAAGGCGGCCCGGCACCUGGAGGUGCGCAUCCAGGACUUCGUGCGCAGAGUGGAGCAGCGGAAGCUCCUCCUGGACAUGUCCGUCUCCUUCCACACGCACACCAAAGAGUUGUGGACAUGGAUGGAAGAUCUUCAGAAAGAGAUGCUAGAGGAUGUCUGUGCAGACUCGGUAGAUGCAGUGCAGGAACUGAUCAAGCAGUUCCAGCAGCAGCAAACUGCCACCCUGGAUGCCACACUCAAUGUCAUCAAGGAAGGCGAAGACCUUAUCCAGCAGCUCAGGUCAGCGCCUCCCUCCCUGGGGGAGCCCAGCGAGGCCAGGGACUCAGCUGUAUCCAACAACAAGACGCCCCACACUAGCUCCAUCAGCCAUAUAGAGUCAGUCCUGCAGCAGCUCGAUGACGCCCAGGUGCAGAUGGAGGAGCUAUUCCAUGAGCGGAAAAUCAAGCUGGAUAUCUUCCUACAGCUGCGCAUCUUUGAGCAGUAUACCAUAGAGGUGACAGCAGAGCUUGAUGCCUGGAAUGAAGACCUGCUUCGACAGAUGAAUGACUUCAACACAGAGGACCUGACGCUGGCGGAGCAGCGGCUGCAGCGGCACACAGAGCGGAAGCUAGCCAUGAACAACAUGACAUUCGAGGUGAUCCAGCAAGGCCAGGACCUGCACCAGUACAUUAUGGAGGUGCAGGCCUCAGGAAUUGAGUUAAUAUGUGAGAAAGACAUUGAUCUGGCAGCCCAGGUACAAGAGCUAUUGGAGUUCCUCCAUGAGAAGCAGCAUGAAUUGGAACUCAAUGCAGAGCAGACCCAUAAGCGACUUGAGCAGUGCCUCCAACUGCGGCACCUCCAGGCUGAGGUCAAACAGGUCCUGGGAUGGAUCCGCAAUGGGGAGUCGAUGCUCAGUGCCAGCCUGGUCAACGCCAGCUCUUUGUCUGAGGCAGAGCAGCUGCAGCGGGAGCAUGAGCAGUUCCAACUGGCCAUCGAGUCCCUCUUUCAUGCCACUUCCUUGCAGAAGACGCACCAGAGCGCCCUGCAGGUACAGCAGAAAGCUGAGGCGCUUCUUCAGGCCGGACACUAUGAUGCUGAUGCCAUUCGGGAAUGUGCUGAGAAGGUGGCCCUGCACUGGCAGCAGCUCAUGCUCAAGAUGGAAGACAGGCUCAAGCUGGUCAACGCGUCCGUGGCAUUCUACAAGACUUCUGAACAGGUCUGUAGUGUGCUGGAGAGCUUAGAGCAAGAGUACCGGAGAGAUGAAGACUGGUGCGGUGGGCGAGAUAAAUUGGGACCCGCAGCAGAGAUUGACCACGUCAUUCCACUCAUCAGUAAACAUCUGGAACAAAAGGAAGCCUUUCUUAAGGCUUGCACACUGGCACGGCGGAACGCCGAAGUGUUUCUCAAGUACAUCCACAGGAACAACGUCAGCAUGCCCAGCGCCGCCAGCCACACCCGCGGGCCCGAGCAGCAGGUGAAAGCCAUCUUGAGUGAGCUCCUACAGAGGGAGAAUCGAGUCCUGCAUUUCUGGACCCUGAAGAAGCGACGGUUAGACCAGUGCCAGCAAUACGUGGUAUUUGAGCGCAGCGCUAAACAGGCACUGGACUGGAUCCAAGAAACAGGUGAAUUUUACCUUUCAACUCAUACCUCCACUGGAGAGACCACGGAGGAGACUCAGGAGCUGCUGAAAGAAUAUGGGGAGUUCAGGGUCCCUGCCAAGCAAACAAAGGAGAAGGUGAAGCUCUUGAUUCAGCUGGCAGACAGCUUUGUGGAGAAGGGACAUAUUCACGCCACAGAGAUCAGGAAAUGGGUGACCACUGUGGACAAGCAUUACAGAGACUUCUCCUUGAGGAUGGGGAAGUACCGGUAUUCCCUGGAGAAAGCCCUGGGAGUCAGCACAGAGGACAACAAGGACCUGGAGCUGGACAUCAUCCCAGCAAGCCUUUCGGAUAGGGAGGUCAAGCUGCGGGAUGCCAACCACGAAGUUAACGAAGAGAAGCGGAAGUCUGCCCGCAAGAAAGAAUUCAUUAUGGCUGAACUGCUCCAGACAGAAAAGGCUUAUGUAAGAGAUUUGCAUGAGUGCUUAGAGACCUACCUGUGGGAAAUGACCAGUGGUGUGGAAGAGAUUCCCCCUGGGAUCCUAAAUAAAGAACAUAUCAUCUUUGGCAACAUCCAGGAGAUCUACGAUUUCCAUAACAACAUCUUCCUCAAGGAGCUGGAGAAGUAUGAGCAGCUUCCUGAGGAUGUGGGACACUGCUUUGUUACCUGGGCGGACAAAUUUCAGAUGUAUGUGACCUACUGUAAAAACAAGCCUGAUUCCAACCAGCUGAUCCUGGAGCAUGCAGGCACUUUCUUUGACGAGAUCCAGCAGCGGCAUGGCCUGGCCAACUCCAUCUCUUCCUACCUAAUUAAACCUGUUCAGAGGAUCACCAAGUAUCAGCUGCUCCUGAAGGAACUUUUAACUUGCUGUGAAGAAGGGAAAGGGGAGCUCAAGGAUGGCCUGGAGGUGAUGCUCAGUGUCCCAAAGAAAGCCAAUGACGCCAUGCAUGUCAGCAUGCUGGAAGGGUUUGAUGAGAACCUGGACGUGCAGGGGGAGCUGAUUCUCCAGGAUGCCUUUCAAGUGUGGGACCCAAAAUCGCUCAUCCGAAAGGGGCGAGAGCGGCAUCUGUUCCUCUUUGAGAUCUCCUUGGUCUUUAGCAAGGAGAUCAAAGACUCUUCAGGACACACGAAAUAUGUUUACAAGAACAAGCUACUGACCUCAGAGCUGGGUGUGACCGAGCACGUAGAGGGCGAUCCCUGCAAAUUCGCCUUGUGGUCUGGGCGCACCCCAUCCUCAGACAAUAAGACAGUGCUGAAAGCCUCCAACAUAGAAACUAAGCAGGAGUGGAUCAAAAAUAUACGGGAGGUGAUUCAAGAAAGGAUAAUUCACCUGAAAGGAGCUUUAAAGGAGCCAAUUCAGCUCCCCAAAACACCAGCCAAACAGAGGAACAAUAGUAAGAGGGAUGGAGUAGAGGAGAUUGACAGCCAGGGGGAUGGGAGCAGCCAGCCUGACACCAUUUCCAUUGCCUCUAGGACCUCUCAGAACACAGUGGACAGUGACAAGGUCACGAAAGCAGGACACUACCAGCUUUCCAGAAGUCCCCUGUGUGCCCCUCCCUGGUCACAACCCUGUCCUUCUCCCCUAAAGCUGUCCGGAGGAUGCGAGCUGACCGUGGUGCUGCAGGACUUCAGCGCAGUGCACAGCAGCGAGCUGAGCGUCCAGGUGGGCCAGACCGUGGAGCUGCUGGAGCGGGCCAGUGAGCGGCCGGGCUGGUGCCUGGUCCGCACCACGGAGCGGAGCCCCCUGCAGGAAGGCCUGGUGCCCAGCAGCGCCCUGUGCGUCUCCCACUCUCGGAGCAGCGUGGAGAUGGACUGCUUCUUCCCCUUGGUGAAAGAUGCAUAUUCCCAUUCCUCGAGUGAAAAUGGAGGCAAGUCUGAGUCAGUGGCCAACCUGCAGGCUCAGUCCUCCCUGAACUCCAUUCACAGCUCUCCCGGGCCCAAGCGUUCCACCAACACCCUGAAGAAAUGGCUGACGAGUCCCGUGCGCCGCCUCAACAGUGGGAAAGCGGAUGGAAACAUCAAGAAGCAGAAGAAAGUACGGGAUGGCAGGAAGAGCUUCGACCUGGGAUCCCCCAAACCUGGGGAUGAAACCACCCCCCAGGGAGACAGCGCUGAUGAGAAGAGCAAGAAAGGUUGGGGUGAAGAUGAGCCAGAUGAAGAGUCACACACACCUCUCCCUCCACCUAUGAAGAUCUUCGACAACGACCCCACCCAGGACGAGAUGUCCUCCUCUUUGCUAGCAGCUCGGCAGGCUUCCGCCGAAGUACCUACUGCCGCAGACCUUGUCAGUGCAAUAGAACAGUUGGUCAAAAGCAAACUGAGUCUGGAAGGAGGCUCCUACCGAGGGAGCUUGAAAGACCCCACAGGCUGCCUGAAUGAGGGAAUGAGCCCUCCCACACCUCCUAGAAACCUGGAAGAAGAACAGAAAGCCAAGGCCCUGAGAGGCAGGAUGUUUGUCCUGAAUGAGCUGGUACAGACAGAGAAAGACUAUGUCAAGGAUCUGGGGAUUGUGGUGGAGGGCUUCAUGAAGAGAAUAGAGGAGAAGGGGGUUCCCGAAGACAUGCGGGGGAAGGAUAAGAUCGUGUUUGGGAACAUCCAUCAGAUCUAUGACUGGCACAAGGACUUUUUCCUGGCUGAACUGGAGAAGUGCAUCCAGGAGCAAGACAGAUUGGCCCAGCUCUUCAUCAGACACGAGCGGAAGCUGCACAUCUAUGUGUGGUACUGCCAGAACAAGCCACGUUCUGAGUACAUCGUGGCUGAGUAUGACACCUACUUUGAAGAAGUCAAGCAGGAAAUCAACCAAAGGCUCACACUGAGCGACUUCCUCAUCAAACCCAUUCAGAGAAUAACAAAGUACCAGUUGCUCCUCAAGGACUUCCUGAGAUACAGUGAGAAGGCCGGUUUGGAGUGCUCAGAGAUUGAGAAAGCAGUGGAGUUAAUGUGCCUUGUUCCCAAACGCUGCAAUGACAUGAUGAAUCUGGGGCGCCUGCAGGGCUUUGAGGGCACCCUGACUGCGCAGGGCAAGCUGCUGCAGCAGGACACAUUCUAUGUGAUCGAGCUGGAUGCAGGCGUGCAGUCUCGGACCAAGGAGAGGCGUGUGUUCCUCUUUGAGCAAAUCGUGAUCUUCAGUGAACUGCUCAGGAAGGGGUCUCUCACCCCUGGCUACAUGUUCAAGAGGAGCAUCAAGAUGAAUUACUUGGUCCUGGAGGAGAACGUGGACAAUGAUCCCUGCAAGUUUGCACUCAUGAACCGGGAAACUUCAGAGCGGGUCAUCCUGCAGGCCGCCAACGCCGACAUCCAGCAGGCCUGGGUGCAGGACAUCAGCCAAGUCUUAGAAACACAGCGAGACUUCUUAAAUGCACUUCAGUCACCCAUUGAGUAUCAGCGGAAAGAACGGAGUACAGCUGUGAUGAGGGCACAGCCUGCAAGGGUACCUCAAGCCAGCCCCCGGCCAUACUCCUCUGUCCCCAUGGGCUCUGAGAAGCCCCCAAAGGGCCCCAGCUACAACCCGCCUCUGCCACCUCUGAAGAUAUCUACCUCCAAUGGCAGUCCAGGGUUUGACUACCACCAGCCUGGGGACAAGUUUGAAGUCAGCAAGAGUGACCUGGGCAGCUGCAGCGGGACCUCGUCCAUGGCCGUGAUCAAAGAUUACUACGCACUGAAGGAGAAUGAAAUCUGUGUGAACCAAGGGGAGGUGGUCCAGGUCCUCGCCGUCAACCAGCAGAACAUGUUCCUGGUGUACCAGCCAGCCAGCGACCACUCCCCUGCCGCUGAGGGCUGGGUCCCAGGCAGCAUCCUGGCACCCCUCACCAAAGCCACAGCAGCCACAGAAAAUAGUGACAGCAGUAUCAAGAAGUCAUGUUCAUGGCAUACUCUACGCAUGAGAAAGCGGGCGGAAGUGGAGAGCACGGGUAAAAAUGAAGCCACAGGGCCUCGUAAACCCAAGGAUAUUCUGGGCAACAAAGUCUCUGUUAAAGUGAGUAAGGAGACGAACAGUUCCGAGGAGUCAGAGUGCGAUGAUCUUGACCCUAAUACUAGCAUGGAGAUCUUAAAUCCCAAUUUCAUCCAAGAAGUGGCUCCAGAGUUCCUUGUGCCCUUGGUGGAUGUGACCUGCUUGCUUGGGGACACAGUGACGCUGCAGUGCAAAGUGUGUGGGCGCCCAAAGCCCACCAUCACCUGGAAGGGCCCUGACCAGAACCUCCUUGACACUGACAACAGCUCAGCCACCUACACCGCCUCCUCCUGUGAUUCUGGGGAGAUCACCCUGAAGAUCUGUAAUCUGAUGCCCCAAGAUAGCGGGAUUUAUACCUGCAUCGCAGCUAAUGACCAUGGGACUGCGUCGACUUCAGCCACAGUGAAGGUGCAAGGUGUACCGGCCGCCCCCAACCGGCCCAUCGCCCAGGAGAGAAGUUGCUCGUCUGUGAUCCUGCGCUGGCUGCCACCGUCCAGCACAGGCAACUGCACCAUCUCGGGCUACACCGUGGAGUACAGGGAGGAAGGUUCCCAGGCCUGGCAGCAGUCAGUGGCUUCAACCUUGGACACUUACCUUGUCAUUGAAGACCUCAGUCCCGGGAGUCCUUAUCAGUUCCGGGUCAGUGCCAGUAACCCCUGGGGAAUCAGCCUACCCAGCGAGCCCUCAGAGUUUGUGCGGCUUCCAGAGUAUGAUGCUGCUGCUGAUGGUGCCACCAUUUCUUGGAAGGAUAAUUUUGACUCAGCUUAUACGGAACUGAAUGAAAUUGGAAGAGGCCGCUUCUCCAUCGUGAAGAAGUGCGUGCACAAAGCCACACGCAAGGACGUGGCAGUGAAAUUCAUCAGCAAGAAAAUGAAGAAGAAGGAGCAGGCUGCCCACGAGGCAGCACUCCUACAGCACCUGCAGCACCCCCAGUACAUCACUCUCCAUGACACCUACGAGUCCCCCACAUCCUACAUCCUCAUCCUGGAGCUGAUGGAUGAUGGCCGGCUCUUAGACUAUCUAAUGAAUCAUGAUGAGCUAAUGGAGGAAAAAGUCGCUUUCUAUAUCCGAGACCUCAUGGAAGCAUUGCAGUACCUUCACAACUGCAGGGUUGCUCACCUGGACAUAAAGCCGGAGAAUCUGCUCAUUGACCUCCGGAUCCCGGUGCCACGGGUGAAGCUCAUCGACUUGGAGGAUGCAGUCCAGAUCUCAGGUCACUUCCACAUCCACCACCUGCUGGGGAACCCCGAGUUUGCCGCCCCCGAAGUGAUCCAAGGCAUCCCAGUUUCCCUGGGCACGGACAUCUGGAGCAUCGGGGUCCUGACAUACGUCAUGCUGAGUGGGGUCUCCCCAUUCCUGGAUGAAAGCAAAGAGGAGACAUGCCUCAACGUUUGCCGGGUGGACUUCAGUUUCCCCCACGAGUACUUCUGUGGCGUGAGCAACGCGGCCAGGGACUUCAUCAACGUCAUCCUGCAGGAAGACUUCCGCCGGCGGCCCACGGCCUCCACCUGCCUGCAGCAUCCCUGGCUGCAGCCGCACAGCGGCAGCUACUCCAAGAUCCCCCUGGACACCUCCCGCCUGGCAUGCUUUAUUGAGCGCCGCCGGCACCAGAACGACGUGCGGCCUGUCCCCAACGUCAAGAGUUACAUCAUCAACCGGGUGAGCCAGGCCACGUAGCCGCCCUCGUGGCCAAGCGCAGUGAACCAAGGCGGACUGCGUGAACGGGGUGUCCUUCUGCUCAUCCCGUCACUCCACGCGUUCCCCCACAUUGAGGAGUGGACGUCUUACAUCUCCUCGAUGUUUAUUCAGGGUCUGGACCAACGCGAAGUCACCUGAGUCUGGGGCCUCUCUGGAGUCAUUUAAGAGACAGGUGAAGAAUCAUGGGAAGGGUAGGAAUAUGGGCAAGUUCAACGGGACUAGGAGCUGUUGGAAGGUUUCCAUUGCGCAUUCCAGGAAUGGAGCGGGGUGCGGGCUGCAGCCCUCAGCAGGGAGCAUACACAGCCUUGGCGGAGUCAGGAAGGAAGCUCUACUUAUCAGAAAUGCCAUGGUCGCAAGGAUUCUGGUUUAGAUUCCUUCGCUAUAGUUUCUUAAUAGCAUAUGGAUUCACAUACAGUAAAUAUAUCCCCUUCAGGUUUCAGAGUUUUAUAAUAUAUAUAUAGAUAUAGAUGUAUGAAAUCAAUCAUGUGCUCCAGUUAAGACAGUCCUUUAUUUCCUGAAGCAUUGCAUUGUUUUGACGAAGCACAAUUAGAAGACAAGUUUUUUAGAGCAUUUUAUAAACCUUGUAUAGAAAUCUUUUACCAGAACCUGUGCAUUAAGGGAAAAAGCAAGGAUACCUUUUACAAUCUGUGAACAAGAUUUUUCUCUUGGUCAUAUUUCACAGAGGUUCUGUAGAUGAAAUGUUACCCCCAAAUUCAUUGGCAGCUCAAAGUACUUAUGGCAGAAGUACUGCCAGGAAUAAAUCUCCCAAAAGUCACAGCAAUGGGGGCUAUUUUUAUGUCUACACUGUUGUGAAAUAUACAAUGAAAAUAAGUUUCCUACAAAGGGCAAAUUGAAACCUUUCCCACUGGUCCUUAUGAACAAUGGAAUCACACUUUCUGAUUUUGUCUGCAGCUGUUAAAUGCUGUUCUCAGAAAGUUGGCUUGCUUUAUUUCUAACCCCUGAUGGAAGCUAAGGGGUUAUUACCAAAAGGAGGCAGCCAUAUAUGCCUUUUAAAGGCUUGGUCCCAAGUCCUUUGUGAAGCCAUGGAGUAAAAUCUGAUCCAUUGCUCUAAUGGAGCAUUGAGUUUUAAGUGUAAUCGCAAUACACAUCACCACUCAACUGUUGGUACUUCCCAGAACUGAAAGGACUAGUUGUACUUUGAGGCCAACACUGGUUUCUGGUGUAUAUUCUCCAUACAAGAUAAUUAUGAACUGCCCUUUUUUUCUGUUAGUGGAGAAAAAAAAUUAGACCCGGAAAUUUUAUGUUUGCUUUUCUCUUUUUUUCAAUUUUGAAGAAGAGUUUUUGUCUUUGUGUUUGACAUGACCCAGCUUUUCCCCCAAGAAUAUGUUUUGAAAUUAGAAUAUGUCAUUUAGAAUGUGUCAUUUAGAAUAUGUCAUUCAAAUGCUAUUUUGAAAAUAGAAUUUGAGUGUUUGUUCAAAUCAUGUUCAAUGGUGGUGCUUCUCUCCUAUCAUAGGGUUGAGAUCGUUACACGUAUGUAGCAUGAAUUCCAAGUAGAAGGCUAGUGAUGGAUAAGUAGCACUGUAAGACUAUCUAAAUGAAAAAACAAUGAUGGAAACUUAACCUGAAUUUUAACACAACAAACCUCUAACUCCUGUAAAGAAAGUGUAGAAUUAAAAAUACUCCUCAUGCUUUUCCAUAUCUCUUAAAGUCAGCCUCCUCAUCCACCUUCCACCCCAUCCCAUCCAAGACAAGAGAUGAACAAAGUAAUAGAAAGUACAAGCAAUAAGACUAGAUAACACUUCAUGUUUUUAGGAUGAACCAAAUGCUUGGAAACUGACUCCGACUGUAUUUGUUUCUGAGUUUUCCAGUAGCCGUAGGCAUCUGAGGUGAUCUUUUUCUGGUCUUUAUUAAAAUUUACCUGUAUAUACAAAUGCCAUAGGAUAUAAUGUUUAACAGUUUGGAGACAUUUUUUUUUUUGGACCACAGUGAAAUACAAUUACAAAGUUGUUUGUGAUUGGGUUUGAAAACAUAUUUUAUGAAAACUCUUUUAGUAAAUGUGUCUUCAUGAUGAUAGAUCAUAAAAGAAUAAAGUCUGGUCCCCCGGACAGUGGUGGGAGAGACUGCAGGUGCUGAAAAGUUCCAGUAUCCCUCUGCCUGGCUUGGCAAGUUCCACUCUGUUUACUAUGAGUGACAAAUAGACCCCCUCCGGAGUCCUUUUGAGAUUUCCUGUAUGCCACAGUUUUUGCUUAAGAGGGAGAGAGCUGAGGAUUCAGCACAUGUGAUGCAAGGAGGGCACAGUGAAAAGUCUCAUGGCAAAUGCAACCCAUGGAAUGUUAGAGCCAAAGCUUUCACUGCUCAACUGAGAUGGUCCCCAGGUGGAAGUUGCAGGAAUGAAUCUCUCCCAGGUUUCACACCUGGGGAAGUGAAGAGACAGUCGAGUGGAGGACAUCACAGUGAAAACUCGUACGAUUUAAUUAACUGGAGCCAAAGUACAAUCAUUAGAGUAGAAUGAGUUUAUAGAGGCCCCAAGAGAAAGGGGGUAUAUUUUAUAUAGUUUGAUAAUGGAGAAGUACUAAUAGAGAGGCUCCUGAUCUGCAGAGCCCCUCAUCCCUCCCAAUAGAAAUAAGACAGUUCUGGCUCCAGAAGUCUCCAUAGUAAGUGGGACGUAACCAGGAAGCCCAGGAGAAGCUGGAUAUGUCCUUAAGUUUGCUCUGGGGGCCACUGCUGUGAGGGAUGAAAUAUCACUGACCACUUUCUUAUACCUGUUUUGGCAGAAAUAUUUAUUCCUUGGUUAUAGAGGUGACAAAGAACAUAGUCUACUUCUAUCAGAAUUCUGAUAGGUUUUGAAAUCAGAACUUAACUAGGAAUUAGUGAGUGAACUUCUAGCUGAAAUGGGAAGAAUAAAUGUUGGCUAAAGUCACAAGUGUCUUGCUUGUCUUAUACUCAUUGCUUUGAGUUUGGGGGGGAGGGUGCUGUUGGGGCUGGACUGAGCUACCAGGGCGAGCCUAUAUAUACUGUACUGUACUAUGGACAGGAACAUAGGGACCCAUGAAAAUGAGCGAGAUUUCUCGUAUGUCUUGACCGGUUUGGAUGAAGCUGAACAUUUUCCCCCUUAAAGCUGUCUUCAGAAAAAUAAUUUCAGUAUAUUGAAAAGAGCAGUUUUCCUUUUCUCACAGAAGCCUGGCUGGUCUUUGACAUGCAGAUCUUCGGUGUUAGCCAGGCCUGACCUUUGAGAUUGCAAAAUGCAGGUUCUGGCCCAGCCUAGUCUUUGGGAUAUAGAUUCCAGGUGCCUGCCCAGUUUGUAUUUGAAGUGUAGAUUUCAGGUGGCAGCCCAGCCUAGUCUUUGGGAUGUAAAUCCAGGUGCCUGUAGCCCAAGAAAGGUUUCAGUUCUGGUUUUGUAUCUUUUCUGGUUCAGUUCUGUAUCUUCCCCCCCUCCCCCAGGCUACAGGCCUACUGGUACAAGGAAACAAUAUGUUUCCGCUGUCUCAAUGUUCUUCCUGUAACUUCUUUUGAUGCCUUUGGUGACAUCACUGUAUUGCGACAUUUAGAGGUACCAUGAUCAAUAAAAGGAGAUCACAGGGCUCUCUACCUUUGCCAAGAGCCAGAGAGAGCCUUGGUCCUCCAUGAAACACAUUUCUUCCAAGUUCCUGAUCUCAGCGCCUCUGACCGCACAAACAUUCAUGCAACAGGGUGCCGUCUUGAUUUGUAAGAAAGACUGAAAAGAUGAGGGACAUGAAAGGUCUAAUGGUUUAUUGCAUCUUUUAUAUUUGUUUAAAAUUAAGUAGACUAAUUUCUGCUUACAGCCAGAAGUGGGAAUGUUUUUCAGAAAUUGUACUGUUGGUAACACCCUUUGGAUCUCUGACUCUCCUGAGGAGCUGAUCAAGAAGAGGAAAGCUGGCUUCACCGCCUUGUGGUUUUCAGUCUUUAUAAAUAGUAGUGCCUUUCAGAGGGGAAGAUAGGGAAUAAAGAAGCUCAUUGUACUUAGGUUUAUCGAUAUCGCAGCAUUUACCCCCUUUAUUUUAAAAUAUCGUUUAAACAUCUGAAUAUAGGGUGAGCCCAUUAGGCUGAAAUUCUUGAGUUUCAGCCUCGGCUAUUCCUGCUUCCUUCUUUCUUACAAAAAGUCUGUUUUUUCCUGCUCCAAAUGUCUCCAUUGGUAAAAUGAGAGUCGGGGGAAAGAGAGGACAUUAAUCUCAUAGGAAUUUAAUGAUGAUAUCUAGAAAAUCUUUGAUUUUUUAAAGUGCUACACACUGCCAGUGCUAAAGAUUUUAUUGAUGAUAACUUUGAACAUUCCAAGUUUUUUCAAUAUUUGUGUCUUUUGAUACCAUUUGCAAACUCAUGAGAUUAAAAUUUCAUAAAAGUAUCUAAAUUGGGGGUACUCAGUGCUCUAUGUCUAAAUGUUAUUUGGUCUUUGCCUGUAAUUUCAAUCACUAAAAAACUUGUCUACAGACAAAGGUUAGGAGAGCUGUUGGAGUCUUAUGUCAAAAACCUGUUUUCUCCAGUAUUUUUGGUGGCAGACACAAAAGGUAAAAUGCCCUCCAAAGGGGCUGGAGGGAUAGGACAAUAGGCAGGGUGCUUGUCUUGCAUGCAGCAGACCUGGAUUCAACCCCUAGAACUCCAUACAGUCCCUGAACCCUCCAGGAUUAUUCCUGAGCACAGAGCCAGGGGAAAGCCCAGAACAUGAGCUAGUGUGUGCCCUCCCUCCCUCCACCUACCCCCCAAUUAGAUUCCCUCCAAAGUAAAAUGACAUCUCCCUUCUCAAGCUUCAUGCCCAGGUAAAAUUUACUGAAAUGAACCCAAGCAGGCACUUUUCUCAUGGGAAGGCAGUAAUGGGAAGAAAAUAUCUUCUGAUAAAACAAAUUUUCAGAGUCUCACAGGCAUCUCUUAUAAGAGACCAAUUGAAUGUUUGGGUGGGAGUAGAAAGAAUGGAAACGUUAGUUUGAGGAGGGGGCCUCCCCUGCAUGGUUUGUAGAUGACGAGAUAUUUUGGGAGUGUUUGCUGAGUAUCUGUUAUUCAGUGCCUGUGAGCUCAUUUUCACUUUUUGCUUACCUGUGUGGUAAAGUGCAGACAUUUAGAUUUGUGAGACUAUAAGGGAGCAACCAUCUUAUAAGCUAAAUGUGGUCACUAAAACUUCAUCCCAUAAAUUUGAUAGAGAAGGGAAGGUCUCCGUAGUUUGGCAAACAUGCUAGCUCACCACAUCCUGUUUAGCUUUGAGAAAUGUGGAGUGUAUCAAUUCCUUUUUCCCCUGUAAAGUGUAUCUGUGGUGUCUGUGUUUGGCAAACACAGUAGGGGUGCUUUCAGGGAAUUCAUUCACACCACGUUUUUUUUUUUUUAUUAACUAUUUAAAGUCUAUAAAUCAUUUGCAAUAGAGUAAUGACGCUCACACAUACCCCAGCAAGAAAAGGGAAGCAACCAGGUUAUUAUUUAUUUUCUUAAAAGAAAGGCACUGCAUUGUUUUGUUAAUUUUAGAGGGUUAAAAAGGGCUAAAAAGUGUCCAUAGCACUAGACAUUUUUAAUAUAAAACAUUAUUCAUGUGAUAAAUUUAUACAGAAACAGUAGAAUUCAGAAAUAUCAUAGGCCAUAUUUUCUAUGAAAAGCAUUUUUCCUCAUUUUUGGUAUAUAGGGAGAAGCAAGAGCAAUUUCUUAAGACAAUGUUUAAUCCUUAAGAGACAUUUACAGGAAGCUAAUAUUAAUACUUGUAAGCUAUUUCCCUGUCAGCUUGUUUGCUAGGAAAUUUUAAAAUGUAGUCAGAUUUAGUUUUUAUGCAGAUGUUGAAGGUUCACAUUGCUUCGUAUAAAGUUAUUUUAAAUGAUGGAGAUAGCUGAGAAAGGGACAGUGGUGGAACGAGUCCAGAUACUCCUCAGAGUCCUGACUUCUGGGACUAUAUUUAAGCAAGCUAAUAUGCUAGGUCAGGAAUAGCUAGUUUAACAGUUCCUCCCAUGCCUAAUUUCCAUUAUGAACUCACAUCCUCGAGUACUGGGGCUGUUGCCUUGAUCUCACCGGCUCUGAUUAUGAAUUUGAAGUUAAACAGAACAUACAUCUUCUAACUUAAGCCAUAUCUAUCAUCUCUGUUUGGUUAGACCCUGGUGCUUUCUGUUUCUGCCAAACUUUAGCCUAUUCUAUGGGGAUGGUGAGUAAACAUAGCAUUUAGGAGACAUGUUAAGACUGUGAAAAAAAAAUAAAAGAAAUAUACUUACUCUUCAGAGUGAGAUCCUAGUCAGAGAACAUAGUGAUCAAAGUGCAAACUGUUGGAAAAUAUGGAUAUAUGUACAUCUGUACAUGUAUAUAGUGUAUAAUAUGUAUGUAUAUGUUCUUGCUCAUAUGCAGAAAUCUAUCCAUUUGAAGACAGCCCAGGUGGGUCCAAUUUUUUUUUUUUACUGGAUAACCAGUUAGGGCCAUUCAAAACCAUUAGGACUAACUUGUGGAGAACGAAUCUACACAUAUGGGAACCAAUUUACUCUCUUUUGAAGUCCAUAGAAACAAAUGAGCAAAGCCUGAAAUGUAAUGGAAUCAUUAUUCCAGUCAUCUCCUUUACCUGGAGUCAUUAGUAUCUCUAUAUCUGAAUUAGUAGUUGGUUUACAUACUGUACUAGCACCUCUUGAUUUUUACUGACACCUUCUUCCUUCUCCCUAAGUCAUUUUGAGAGUUUGAAGUGGGCUUCUCUGGCCAUUUAGAUCAAAGGCCUUAUUCAUAAGUGGACAGGUUUCCCCAUAGGGACCAUUACACGUAUACAUAUAAUACGUACUUCCAUCAGGCUUGUAAUAAUUGAUUUAAAAUCACUCCACAGUAUUGAUAAAUAGCUCUAUAUUUUCAAGGUGCAGAAGAAUUCCACAGCCUUAAUUAUUUCAGUGUCUUGCUGGUCUGCCUUAAGUGUAUCUUUUUGGGUUUUUUUUUUUGGUUGUCUUAUUUUUUAAAAAUUUUCUGCAGUUAUUCAUUUUGUAUGCACAUGUUGUUUUAUAAAGGUAGCUUGUAAAUAUUUUAUUUGAAAGUCAAAAUCACUCAUGUGUAAUGUAAAGUGAUGACCUACUGUCUUGUUAUUAUUACAGUAAAUGUUGUAAGUUAUGGAUGAAACUUCAAAAUGUACAUCUCACAAGUUAUGCAUUCCUAUAAAUAUACUAUAUUAAAGAUAUUG